AUGGUUGGCUUCAACCCUUUCCACCCAGGACAGGAAUUGAGCCCGGCUGGGGACGAGUACACAGUCCCAGUCACGUUUAGGCGUGCACCUGAAGCUAAGCUUGAUCAACACGCAAAGAGGCGGGAGCGUCUAGGAAUCCGGCCACAACUGCUUUCCGCAAUCGCCGAGGAAGACUCGGAGGAAACUCAGACCCCCAAGUCUGACACGGUACAGAUCCACGUCGAACCAGACCUUUGGCGGGUGACUCAGCCUGUUCAGCGAAGCUAUGGCAGCCAUGUGCCCAUGCUCAAACCGAUGGUCAACGGUGUGAAGCGGAAGCACCAUUCCAUGCUUUCUAUCGAGGGCCGCAAGCACACGAAGAGAAUGGCAAUGAUGCCAGCGCAUGGCCAUGGGCUUACUCGCAACCCCCUGAGCCAGGUCACUGCCAACGCUGACGGGCAAGACGAGAAGGAACUCAUCAAAAGGCUAUCUGGUUCUUACCAGUGGUCCUGGCUUGAAGAUCCCAUGGACAUCUGGGAGUGGGCCCAGUCCAGAGGAUACACUUCCAAGUGGUCGAAGGCGCAAGUCACCGGCUUCAAGCUACUCCUCAAUCUGAUGAACCGCACCGCGGCUUCAGCCCUGAAAGGUGCCCAAAGCACCGGCAGGGUCUCUCGCCCCAAUGCCAAGAGGUUGGGGAAAACACUGUCCGAUUCUCUCAAGACUAUGGGUCUCGGUAGUCUGCGGGUGGAUAUGCUCACGAUCUCCUCCUACCGCUUCAGCCCUGUCGGACGUGACUUCCCAGCAGUCCACAGGCGCGCCGACCUUGCAGAGUUGGAAACGAAGCGCAUCGACAGAGGCUGCCCGCAGUACUGGACCCACGGACAGCCAGCUGUCUCUUGUUCAGGGCAAGGCACACGACGAGAUGUCGGGCAACAAGAGAGUCGGAACCCCCUUUUGGGCCAUCUGGAGCAAGGAUUCCAGGGCUCAGCUAUCGAUCGGGGGGAGGAUCAAACCAGCAACCUUCUCCACGCUGCUAGUGGACAGGAGCGUCCCCUCGCUACUACCAAUACACCGGACGACAACCCGCUCCGUUUCUUGCAGACCGAGAAGCAAUCUGACCGGAUGCAGACGGACGACGAGGAGUUUCAAAGAGACAUGUCCGCUAUCAAGCAACAGUUCACCCAACUAGCCUAUGUGCUGUUCCAGCAGACGGGAUCCUUCACAUCCUUACGCUCCCAUCUUGCAGUUCAGCAACCCACUACAUGGUGA